AUUAAAGAGACGUUUUCAACCAAGGCAUACAGCAUAUUUUCAUCAUUUACCUUUCCACAGUUACGUCGCCGUGGUGUAAAAAGUUCUGCUGUAAAUCUUAAUGCGUUGCUAGCUCGAGUUGCCCUGUCCUGGGUAACAUGGCUCCAAAGCGCCGAACACUACGUAGCGCUGUUGCUCGCUUUGCUGACGACCUGCGGAGCGUGACACAGCAGCUGAACGACAGCGUAACGUUCCUCAGCCGGGCUACACAGCACAAGCCAUGCGUAGGGCCUCGGGAGUUUCGGCAAGUGCUGUCCGAUUUGCAAGACGAGGUGUCAGACCUAACAACGGAGGUUGAAAACUUGGAGCGCUUCACGGUUGACACCAUCUCCUUUGAGGAGCUGCUCGGCCACUGCGUGGGGUUAUAUCAGGCUAACCGCAGCACCAUACAACUGCUAGAGGAACACCUGCAACAAUACGGCUAUCAGCAGCCGCCUGGUGUCGUGCAAGAACCUGAGAACCCGGUGUCAGCAGCGGCGGUUGCAGCCGUCAAGGCACGUCGUGCAGGUGAUGGAAACAGGCGUGAUGGGGCGAUUGAUAACGAGGACGAAGAGGACUGCAUCGGCCUGGGCGCGCCAAGCGUCGGCAUCCGGUCUGCUCUCGCGAAAGCACCGUCCAUUAACGUCGCUGGACCGUCUAAGAGCAUGCGGUCGCUAGGGCACAACAAGGAGGGCAAGCACGUCGUCAUGAUGACUCCUGGCGAUGCUUUGGCGGCUGAACCAAAGCGGCACAACCUUCGCAAAGCAACACCGGGCAGCAAGCUGGGCACAAACUCUAUGGACUGCUCCAGCGAUGAAGAUGGGGCCCGCCACGGAGACGAGGACUCGGCCGGAGGCUGCUCAGAUGACGAAUUGGAAGAGCGAGCGCUCAACCAGCAGCGGAUGGUUACGCAUGCCGCGGCAGGGACUUCUUUCGCCAAGCCCACGGGUUCACUAGCGAGCAAGGGUAACUUACUGGCAGCUGCUCAGGCGUCCAGCUAUACCUCAGCUCUCAACGUCGCGGCCUCAGCACGCAAAGCCCCACGACCUAGCGUUGACAGCCACGCGUCAAACACUCCCGAGCCAAUGCUGUUGUCCCCCUCUAUGGCCGAGCUGCUGGCCAAGUACAACCCUCCCAGCGGAUCUAGCCCUGUUCCGCCGCCCGCCGCCAUGGCAGCUGACCCCGUUGCCCCUAGAUCUGGCGACGCGCUUGUGUCUGAUGAGCUUGUCACCAGCAUGCACAACAUGGCGCCAUUCGGGAGAAAAGAAGCGCUGCCUGCCCCGGACCUGCAGCCAAAGUUGCCAUCACGAGCACCCGUCGCAGCGCCAACGGUGGCAGCAGUAGAAGCACCCAAGCCCGCACCACUCGCAUCUGUGGCCCAACAGCCUCCAUCGCAAGAGUUCCGACGUCCACCUGCAGACGAGGACACGUGCGUCCUGUACAAACAGCUCAUCCGCUCGCAGCACGUGCCCUCGAGUCUGGUCCCGCCACGCCCCCGGCAGCUGCCGCCAAAGCCAGAACCCGCGGAGCCCGUCCCUCAGCCGCAACCCACCCAGGCGCCGCGGAGCAUGUCCUUCCCUGGUGCACCGAUGGCGUCGGCAUCACCCAGCAAGGGCCCUGUGCCAGAUGGCGCAUCUGGUGCUACAGACGGCACACCGCCGCCCAUGACCGCACGCGCGCGCUCCGUGACCCCCAGGUCCGUCCAGCGGACCCAGUUCCAAGCCCAUGACAAGCUGCUUAAUGAAAAGUUUGAGGGGCUUACAGAGCGGCUGUCGGGCCUGAAGCAGGCUUGGGGCCAGUCACCUGUGCGCAGGAGCUUAAUCCAAAAUAAUGACGCUGGCAUCGCCGCCAACGUCGCUGGACCCUCGGCGGCGGCGCUCAUGAACCUGCGUGCAAAGUCACCUGGCCCCUCUCGCGCCGCACUUGAGGCAGCGGCCGCUGCCGAAGCAAUCCUCGCGGGGCCACCCGCGGCUGUAGACGCUAAGCCCGCUGCACCAGCGACGGCUGCUUUCGUUGCUCCGCAACAGCAACUGCGUCAGCAGGAUGCGCUGCAGCCACGGCAGGCAUACUCCCGGGCGGAUCCUGUCCCUGAGCCGGCCGAUUGCGGCCGUGUGCUGUCGCAGGUGCAGCAAGUGUCCUCGAACGACGCGCAGCCCAUGAACACGCCAAGUCGCGCUUCGCGCGUCAGCCGACUUCCCCUGCCGACUGCGUCACCCGAACCUACGACCGUCGUAGGUGUAGCAGUCACGACGCCUCGCCACGAAAACACCCAUGCCGGUGACGUUAAUGGCCGUGCAGCGCCGACCACCACACCCAAGCGCGCUGGUGCUCUGGCGCAGCGCGGCACUCCCGGUCGGGUCCCUAGGCCUGUUCCCAGCAACAGCAACACCAGCAGCACCGGUGCCGGUGUCAACCCACUUAAGGGUCCGCAAAAGACUAGUAGCCCUAUCCUGCCAUCCAGCCGCGACAAUGGAGCCGCCACCCCUAGCCGCGUCACACGAGGAGUCGCUGCAGGAGCUGGUGCCGCGCCACUUAGCGCCCGGGCCUCACGGCUUACACCGCCGCACCGCCAGUCGUGCGCUGCCGUGUUGCCGGGAAUGGCAGCGGCUGCGGCAGCAGCGGUUGCUGAGGCUGAGGCUUCAGCAGUGACUCCGCGCGCAGGCAGGGCGGUAGCUGGCGCCUCAAACCGUACCCCUGGCCGUGUCCCUGUACCGGAUGCUCGCAAUGCGGGCUUCAAGGCAACGGAGGCUCUGCCCCCGUCUGGGCUUUCGCAGCUGCAAGCUAAGGCCGGUGUGCGGGCAGAUGCAUGUGGUAACGGUGGCGCCAAGCCCGAUGGUAGCUGGCAGGGUUUCCCGCUUUCACGCAGGGCGCCUGAGGGCGACCAGCAAGCCAGUGCCCGCUUCGCACCGGCUCGUCGGUCCGAUGAUGUGACGCUCGGAAUGCCUCCAGCUGUGCCGCAAUCACCGGGGGCGCAGGGAGGUGUGCAAUCGCCCAGGGGUUCGACGCCGGGGCGGGGUAUUCCUAGCUCCAGCGUUGCAACCUCAAUUGCCUGUCCGGCGGCCGUGGCUGCGACCACCACCGUAACGCCAGGAUUGUCGCCAACGACCACUAGAAUGGUGUCACGCGCUCUAGGCGAAGGCUUUAUGGGCCAAAUCCGGCCCUCCUCUGCUGCCGUGGGCAACCUCAGCUCGCGCAUUCCCGUGCCGGCGUCCGGACCCCUGGGCAGGCCUCCAACUGCUGGCCCUUGUCCCGUCCCAUCAACCUCUCCGGGCCCACGCAGCGGCAUCGGCGGUGGCUCAGGGGCACUCACCAGCCGGCUGCCUUCCGCUGCAGCUCCCGCUGAGGCUGCAGCCGCAGUUGCGGCUGCUGCCGCGACGCCCCUGCCUUGCGAAGUUGAGCUCUGUAGUGAGGAGGAGUGGCGAGGGCUGCCGGCCCGCACGCAGCAGGCCUUCCGCCUGGAGGUGCUCAACCAGCACUUGCGCUCGCUGGCACAGGUGGUGGCAUCCAGGCCGCCUGACACUGGCAGUGAUAGGUGCUUCUCCGUGGCUGACGUGGAGGCUCUGUCGCUGACCACCCUGUCCGCCAAGCUGCUGAUCAACACGCUGGUCAAAUUGGGCCGUUGCGAUGUCGCCAGCGCCGCCGCCGCUGGUGCCAUGAUGUAUCGCCUUCGGGCGUAAUGUGGUAUAACGGACACCGGCGAUGGUGACGGGUCUGUUUUUAGGUGCAAAGCAUGUGCAGGUGCGCAUGCCCCGGCGCCUUGCGGAGCUGUUUGCAUGCAGCUUCAGGGGCGUAACUCCUUGCACGCUCUUAAGUCUUGGUGAUUCUGAGGGUCAGCGGCGCUUGGCGUUGCGCAGCCCCUGUGUAGAGUGUGUUUUGUUCGACGAGCGCGUCGGCGUGCAGUACUGUGCCGCCGUCUUAACGGGUCAGAGGCAGGUUGAGGGCACAUCAUGUAUCCAUAGAACUAUAGAUGUCUUGUGGAGCUUUCUUAAUGUCCUCGUUUGCGCGGGUUAGGGACGAUGAAGGGCUUUCCGUCUUGCACACGCUCCAAUCUACACCCGACGCGGCUCUGGGUAUCAGUAGGUGUGCAGUGUCCGGACGGCCACCUCGACAGUCGUUUUGCAUUUACGACCCUAGCUGUGCAGUAGUUCAGAGAGCAUGGGCAGUACUAAAGAGGGGACGUUUUCGAGGACACCUCCACACGUGUCCCAAAUUGCGGGAUAUUGCAGGUCGGCUGUUCUCGUUACCAGCAGUUACAGUCGUUUCAUUCCUAAAUAGCCAGGAAAUCGAGUGAAG